GUAGUUAAUCCUCAUGAUUCUCUAAAAUCUAUCGAUCUCUCUCCCGUAAUAAAAUUUCGGAGAAAGAGGAAAACCCUAAUCCCCUCUUUCUCUCGGAUCAUCAACAAGAAAAAAAAAAAAAUUAUAAAUGAAAAUGAGGAAGCUUUGUCCAAAUUUGGACAGAGAAGACGGGUUAGAGACGGUGUUAGAGGUUCCGGUGCCGGAAGAAAUGUUUACAAAGAUGGGAAGCAACGCCCAAGGGCGGUGGAGGAAUAUGCACGCUCUCAUGAAGGCACACGCCGUUGUGACCGCGGUGGCGACUGAUGUAAGAACGCCGGCGUCAUCGUCAUCGAUGAGUAAUGUCAACAUGCAUUUGCAGUCAAAAUCAGACAACGAGUUUGUGGCCUUGUUGAAAAUCGUAGGAAGUCCUCUUAUUCCUUUUCAUGUCCCGCUCGAGUUUUGUCUAUCCCGACCAAUCAACGACACUUCCAUCGAGGCGUCGACGGCUAAAUACAUAGUGCAACAGUACGUGGCAGCGUGCGGAGGUCCAACGGCUUUGAACGCAGUGAAAAGUAUGUACGCGGUGGGGCAAGUAAGGAUGCAAGGCUCCGAGAUGGUUGCUGGAGAGGACGAAGGGACGGGUACGCCGGUGCGACUUGGUAAAGGCAGUUUCGAGGUCGGAGGUUUUGUUUUAUGGCAAAAGAAUCCAAAUCUUUGGUUCUUGGAGCUAGUGGUUUCCGGUUUCAAGAUUAGCGCUGGUAGUGACGGCAAAGUGGCUUGGAACCAAUCCUCUACUCAACCUUCUCAGGCCCACCGUGGUCCUCCUCGUCCUCUCCGCCGAUUUUUUCAGGGACUAGACCCGAGAUGCACAGCGAGUUUGUUCUUAGACGCCGUUUGCAUCGGUGAACAACCCGUUAACGGUGAAGACUGUUUCGUCUUAAAAGUAGAAACACCGUCAGAUAUUCUCAAAGCACAAUGCUCACCAAACACGGAGGUGAUCCACCACACGGUAUGGGGUUACUUCAGCCAACGAACCGGACUUCUCGUAAAGUUCGGUGACACAAAACUCGUGAGAGUCAAAUCCGGAAGAGGCAAAAACGACGGCGUUUUUUGGGAGACAAGUAUGGAGUCCAUCAUCGACGAUUACAUAUUCGUUGACGCAGUCAACAUUGCUCAUGGUGGUCAAACCGUGACCACACUCUACCGCUACGGUGGAGCUGUUAAUCACCGGAGAAGAAUAGAGGAGAAAUGGCGUAUCGAGGAGGUGGAUUUCAAUAUUUGUGGAUUGUGUUUGGAGAGCUUUUUACCACCGUCGGAUAUCAACAAUGAUCAUUAGGCACGAUGGAGAAAUCGUUACAAUAGUCUAUCUUUUUCUUCUAGAUGUUUUUUUUUUUUGUUGAGGUUUAAAUAGGUCUCUUAUACACACCUACCGUGGAUUUGUAACAAAAGGAGUAAAUAUGUAAUUUUGAGAUGGUGGUGUACUGUAAACUAAUGUUUUAAAUAUAUUUCAAUUGUCAUUAGCACUUUCGUUUUUAUUU